AUGUUCUCGCUUUUCAAUGUUGUCGUUCCCCUCUUAAUUGCUUCCGUCACUGCACUCCCAACGCCGAGAGAGCCAUUAUCGUCACAACAGCAAGUCAUCACAGCUGUAUCGAAUAUCUUUCUUGAUAUUGCACAAAUAAAUGGUGCAAUAUCAGAGCUUCUUAAUCGCAAAAAUCCUAUCGACAAAACAACGAUCAUAGAUCUGGCAAGGAUAGCACUCAGUUGUACGCUAGAUGCUGACAUCCAGCGCAACAAAUUAUUUGUUCUUAGCGGAGGGGAAGGCACUGUAACAAGCCCGAACCCUGGAGAAGACGCAAGCUUAAGCGUACUCUGUGUCACCGAAACAGAAGAUAAUAAGAACCCUCUCUCGACGUACAACUUUAUAAUCGACAACCCAACCGAUAUUUCUCAUGUUCAAGACAAUCUACUUGCAAAGGCACACGAUAUUAAUUCGAACCUUGUAAAGCAAGUCACAAUUUUAGCAAAUGCAGCAUAUCAGAAGGUUAAUUUACCCACGGAUGCGCCGACUAUUGAGGUUUUGAAAGUGCCGCAAAGCGACUGA